ACAGGCAGGUUGGGUCAUCUUUGAACAUGGCGGCAUUAAAGACAUGUAGUGCUCUUGUGACAGGGGCCAACCGAGGCUUGGGUUUAGAAAUGGUCAAGCAACUCCUGGAGGCUCCUUGCUCAAAAGUUUUUGCUGGAUGUCUUGACAUAGAUGGGCCAAAUUCUGAGGCACUAAUGGAGCUGGCCAAAAAGCAUCCAGGAGUCAUCACCCUGGAGCACCUUGAUGUUUCUGAUCCAUCCAGUAUCAAAGAAUCUGCCAAGAAAGUGGGUUCUCUACUAGGGGAGAAGGGUUUGAACCUACUUGUGAAUAAUGCCGGAGUUUUGCCACCAAAAUCCAUGUUUACCGCCACUUUUGAAGACAUGAUCAACGCCUUCAACACCAACAUGAUUGGUCCAUUAUUUGUCAUUAGGGAGUACCUGCCUUAUCUUCGAGCAGCAGCUAAAGUCAGUGGCAAAUCAGGGAUGUCAUCUGAUAAAGCAGCUGUGAUCAACAUCUCCUCGAAUGCAGCAUCCAUGAGCAUUGUUCCAUCACUGCUAGGACCAUUCCCAUUCUUCCCAUACAGUAUCAGCAAGGCAGCUCUCAACAUGUUAACAGUGUAUACCGCUAUGGAGUUAAAGACCGAUGAGAUCCUCUGCAUUUCCAUUCACCCAGGAUGGGUGAGGACAGACAUGGGAGGAGACAAGGCACCACUCAACACUAAAGAAAGUGUGGAGGGGAUGCUGCGGGUCAUUGGCAGCCUUACUGAGAAGCAGCACGGUGGAUACAUGGACUACACUGGAAAAACAUUGACCUGGUAAACCACAAGAUACAAACAAAACAAAAUAUCUCCCCAAAGGGAUGAUCUGGAUUCCAUGUUUUGUCCCUCUUUUUAGGUAAUAGGCACUUCUGUUAUGAAAUCUUCAUAACCUUCAAUAAAAUCUUAUCAAACAAAACA